CAUAUUUAGGACAUUUUUUUCACAGAAGUUGGAGCGGAUGUUAUUAAGAUGGCGUCUGAAAUGGAGACUUCAGAAAAUAUGACACAAAGCAAAACAACAAACUUUUGGCCAAGAUCAGAGAGAAAGUUGCAGAAGAAGUUACGAAAUACAGGGCAGGAAUAUGUUUCAAGAUCUGGAAAAAUAAUUCCAGCGAAGAAACAACCAGAUGUGUUGUGCCAGUGCCCCCAGCGAUGCGGAGAUAAAGUACACCAAGAAGUCCGCCGAAAAUUGUUUGCAGAGUUUUACAGAUUAGGAGACCAUGCACUACAGAAUGAGUUCCUUAUGGCACACAUCGAGACAAGGGCUGUGCAACGAAGAUCUUCAGACCAUAAAGUACCAGGAAGGAACCAGAGAAGAGUUAGCUGUAAAUACCACAUCCCACUUUUAACUGAUGCAGGUCCACCAACUGAAUCUGCUGCAAAUCCACAUGGAGUUCGGACUGUGGAGGUUUGCCAGAAAGCAUUCAUGCAUGUAUAUGCUAUCACUGAAAAACGGGUCCGUCUUCAACGUGAAAAGCUUAUAUGCCAAUAUGGUAUCACUCCUCAAACCCGACCGGAAUGUCCAUCAGGCACACCAAGCCGCACACAAGACCAAGAGCCUGUCAGUGAACCAAUCGACUUGAGACGGAAACGGGAUCCCCCGCCAAUGAUCCCGAUCUCAUUGAAAGCCCCUGAUAAAGACAUUGCUCUUGUUCACAACUUCUUCCUAAAUCAGCUGUGGAAACCAGAGUACAUUGGCACUGCUACUUAAUCCAGUGAUCCACUGUCUGUGACAAGCUGACAAAUGUCGAUACGUUCAUGUUGCUCAGAUGAAUGUUGUUUUGGGGGAUGGUAUACUACUGCGUACUUUAAAGACUUCCAUUAGAAAAAGGUUUUAGCAUAAUAGAUUUUUAAAUAUUUUGUGGUGAUGCCUCAACUUUAUAUUAUUGCAUUUUUGCUAUUUAUUUAUUUUCUCAAUAUUGUAUAUGGUACUAAUUUAAUUUUUUACUAAGAAAUCCCAAAGUCAAUACCAAAGGCAGCAACAGAGUUGAUAAGAUACAACAAUGUUCUGAUUUUUUUGAUCCUUUGAUAUUGUAUGACUAUGUCACUUAGUAGGCCUUUUUCAUUUUAAUAAACAGAGUAAGAGUAACUUAUUUUCUAUGGUUAUAUGUACUGGUAUUUAUAGAAACAAAUAAAUUAUUAAGUGAUUAGUUUUGUUA